GAGACGCUCGGGUCGGUCUCCUCUAGUCGACAGUUGUCUCAAGUCACUACAAUCACGGGGAUCUUUCGCUCUACGAACGCGCAGAAAUGAUUCUCACCCUCGUCAGUUUCCUGGGAUUGCUCGCGUGCGGAUGCCAAGCUGUCCUGCAGGUAUCCAUCUCACUGAGCAAGGUGGAGCUGAGUGUGGGAGAGUCAAAGUUCUUCACCUGCACAGCACUUGGAGAGCCGGUCAGUGUGGACUGGUUCAGCCCGCAGGGGGAGCGGAUGGUUCCGUCUCAGCGGGUUCUGCUGCACAGGGAGGGGGUGCGGUCGCGGCUCACGCUCUACAGCGUCAACGUGGAGGACGCCGGCAUCUACCGCUGCCUGGCAACCACUGCCAGCGGCCUGAGCCAGGAGGCCACCGUGGUGCUGGAGAUCUACCAGAAGCUGACGUUCCGGAAUGUGCCGUCCCCUCAGGAGUUCCGCCAGGGGGAGGAGGCCCAGGUGGUGUGUGAUGUCAUCAGCUCACCUGUGCCCAUCGUCUCCUGGUUCUACAAGGAGCAGGAAAUCACACCUGAGUUCUCAGACAGGCUGCAGGUCGUCCCCGGUAACGGGCUGAGGAUCCUGGGGCUGGAGAAGCGGGACGAGGGGCUGUACCGCUGUGAGGCGCGCGUGGAGGCGCGCGGAGAGAUCGACUUCAGAGACAUCAGCGUCAUCGUCAACGUCCCUCCAGUCAUCUCUGUACCUCAGCAGUCCUUCAAUGCUACGGCUGAUUAUCAGGAGUCUGUGACCUUCACCUGCAGAGCCUACGGAUCACCUGAACCUGAGGUUACCUGGAAGAGGAGAGGCCAGCAGGUGGAUCAGUCAGAGCGCUAUGUGUUGAAGCCCCUGGGCAGCUCUCUGACGGUGCGGGGCAGCUCUCUGAUGGUGCGGGGCAGCUCUCUGACGGUGCGGGGCAGCUCUCUGACGUUGCGGGGCAUCACUCAGGGAGACGGGGGGCCCUACAUCUGUGUGGCCCAAAACAAGGCUGGAGUCGCCCAGCAGGAGCUGUUCCUCAAGGUGUUUGUGCAGCCCAGUAUCACGGUGCUGGUGAACGUGACGGUGGUGGAGGGGGGUGUGGCAGUGCUCUCCUGCAGUGCGGAGGGAGACCCACUGCCUGGUCUCACCUGGAGGAGGGCCAGCGAUGGACUGAGCUUCAGAGAGGGGGACAAGAGUGCAGACGGCCGGGUGCAGGUUCAUGGGCAUCAUGGGAAGUCCACUCUGAGCAUCUCUGCAGUGAGGCUGCAGGAUCGAGGGCGCUUCGACUGCGAGGCUCUGAGUCGCAUAGGAGGCCAUCAGAAGAGCAUGUACCUGGACAUCGAGUACGUGCCGGUGUUUGUGAGCACUCACACCAGGUUCUUCUCCUGGGAGGGAAACGCUGUGAACCUGAGCUGUGCGGUGCAAGCGCACCCGCCCGCCGUGUUGCUAUGGCAGCGAGACAGGCUGACCGUCGGCACGACGACCGAGGGCCCCGGCAACGCCCGAGUCUACAGCGCCGAGGGCCGCUCCCUGCUAGAGGUGACCCCGCUGUCAGACGGAGAUUUCGGGCAGUACAGCUGCACGGCCAGAAACAGCAUCGGAGCUCGAGUGCAGCAGUUCAUCCUGGCACAGGCAGACGUGCCCUCCAGCCCCUCCUCGCUGCGCUCCAGCUCCGUCUCCCAGCGCAGCGCCAUGGUAACCUUCACGCCGCCCGAGUCUCACGGAGGUGUUCCCGUCACCGGCUACCUGGUCAGGUACAGGAGCACCAGCGCCCCCCACUGGACAGAGACCUCCUCACAUGGGCUGCAGACGAUGGUGCCCCUCUCAGGGCUGGAUCCUAACAGCACGUAUGAGGUGCGCGUGGCGGCCUUCAACGGGAGAGGUCCGGGAGAGUUCAGCCGCACAGAGACCUUCCACACACUGCCCAUCCGAGAGCCGAGCCCCCCCCUGGUGCGGGGGCAGAGGGAGGCGGGGCAGGCCUACAGGCUGGGCGUGUUCAAGCAGGACGACGGGGGCUUGCCCAUCCUGGAGUACAUUGUCAAAUACAGGCUGGAGCAGGAGCAGGGCUGGGUGACCCGGCUGGUCUCGGGGCAGCAGGACUCUGUGCAGCUGCAGCCGCUGCAGUGGAGCGCGCGGUACGAGGUGCAGAUCAGCGCCCGCAACACCCAGGGCCUGUCUGAGCCCGCCUACUACAGCUUCAACACCCCACAGAGACCCCACGUCACCGACUCUGUGCUGAAUGAUCUGGGCCUGGGUGUGGUGGUGGCGCUGGGCGUGUGUGUGGUGGUGCUGGUUCUGCUGGGCCUGGAUCUGAGCUGCUGCUUCCUGCGCCGCUCCGGCCUGCUCAUGUGCGUCACCCGCCGGCUGUGCGGCCGGAAGAGCGCCCCCUGCAGCAAGGGGAAGGAACUGGAGGAGGGGAAAGCUGCCUAUCUGAAGUUGCCUCUGAAGGAGGAGAACGGGAGGGAGGCGCUGUCCACGGAGGCGGUGGAGGAGAUGCAGGGCGGGGUAGAGCACCUGGAGGACAGGUGUGCGUAGAGGAGCCCCCCCCCCCC